UAUUGAAACUAUACAGAAUCUGCAGUAGUAAACUUAUGCCGUAAGAACUUACAGGAAUGUCUCCUUUCUAGGGAAAAUGAUUUCCGAAAGCAACUCCUUCGUGAAGGGAGUGGUGCUCGGAGGAGCCUUCUGCAUGUUGGUUACGCUCCUCGGACAUAUUAAGGUGGGCCACGGGACUAAAGCACAUCACCAUGAGCAUCACCACAUCCAGGCUCCCAACAAAGAAGAUGUCUUAAACCUUUCAGAAGGCGAACGCAUGGAGCUUAGUAAAAGUAUCCGCGUUUACUGUAUCAUCCUUGUGAAACCGAAAGAUCUGGGGCACUGGGCUGCAGUGAAAGAGACGUGGAGCAAGCACUGCGACAAGGUGGAAUUCUACAGCUCUGAAAACGUCAAAGUGUUUGAUUCUGUAGCCCUCAACACAAAUGACUUAUGGGUGAUGAUGAGAAAAGCUUACAAGAUAACGUAUGAACGCUAUAAAGAUGAAUUCAGCUGGUUCUUCCUUGCCUAUCCAACAACAUUCGCUAUUAUUGAAAAUCUCAAGUAUUUCUUACUAAAAAAAGACCCCUCACAGCCUUUUUAUAUAGGCCACACUGUGAAAGCUGGUGACCUUGAGUAUGUAGAUGGCGAGGGAGGAAUUGUCUUAAGCAUCGAAUCACUAACACGACUCUCCCGUGUUCUUGAAGACUCUGACAAGUGUCCAGAGCAGGGAGGCAUGAUUUGGAAACUUGCCGAGGACAAACAGCUAGCGAUCUGCCUGAAGUAUACUGGAGUGUUUGCUGAGAACGCGGAAGACGCAGAAGGAAAAGACGUCUUUAACACGAAAUCAGUUGGUGCUCUCAUUAAGGAAGCAAUGUCUACUCACCCUCAGCAGGUGGUGGACGGCUGCUGCUCCGACAUGGCCAUCACCUUCAGCGGACUGGCCCCGAACCAUAUGCACGUGAUGAUGUACGGUGUUUACAGGCUGAGACCCUACGGCCACACGUACAAUGAUGCACUUGUCUUCUUGCCACCUGCAGGUUCAGACAAUGACUGAUGUCUCUCCAGAGAACACCUGGAACCAUGGAGUCAGCUCGUCUCAUGACACACAUUUGUACUGACAGAUUGGAUUUUUGUAUCUGGUGGUACUGGUGUACAAUUUUUUUUUUGCACAUUGAGGUUUGGUAAAGCUCUUAAUUUUAAAAGUGGAAGGAGAACUUUUUUCUAAAUCUUUUAUACAGAAAUGAUUCUGGCUUUUGACAGUGCUGCAAUGAAAUGAUAA